GCGCGGACGUCGCAGGAGCGGGCCAGACCACCAGGGGACCACCAGUUGCAGCCCGUCGUCCGACCCACCCUCCCGGCACAGUUCCAGAAGUCAUGCAGGUGUCGCUGAUCUGCGGCCUGGUCCUGGUCAUUGCCUGCCUGUUGGUGACGCCGAGCGCCCGUUCGGUGACCAACAUAGGCUGCAGGCCGGAGCACCUGGAAUAUGUUCCCACGCGCACCAAGAAGCUCUGCACCAAGAUUCUGGCGCUGCGGGAGGUGCAGCGUGCCAUGGAGGGGUACCUCGGCGACGAAAUGCGAGGCGAGCUCGGCCUGAGCGACAACGGAGCUAAGCGACAAGACGUGGACCACGUGUUCCUGCGGUUCGGCAGAGCCUAUCUGUAGUCCACCGCGGGAGAGCGGCGUGGGCUGCGUGUGCCCCCGCCUGAAGACCGAUCCAGAGUGGCCGAGGGAUUUACAGCAGGGUACGCCGGACACCCACGCAAAGUCACUGGGCGUCGCGGAGGCAGACUCCCACAGGAAUAACACAUGCAGAGCAGCUGCCAUGUUGACUGCAGGAAGCCAUCGGGUAGCUGGAAGCCUCUCCUUCCGGGACUUCUGGGAAAUCUGAUGAUGUCUCCUGACUGAAGCCAAGUGGUGUGUUGGAAACGUGCGAACACUCCGCAGCCUGUAAUGCGCUGAUAUGAAAAUAUGGUAUGUUCAGUUUAUUUAUUGACUGUGCUGUCAGAUUACAGCUUUGUAACCAGCCUUGUUACCCCGGCGCGAUACUAAGUAUGUCCGAGAAGCAGCAACAAAAACAAUGCUAGGCAUUUGCAGACAGCUGCACCAUGGAUUUGUGACACUUAACUCACGGAUUUGCAUAAGUGGGUUACGCUUAAAGGAAACGUUUCUUAUUUGAAGAUAUCGAAGCAAUUAACUUUUAGAUCCUGAAGAUUGCAGACUUCAGAUUUUAAAAUAACCUCAAUGAUAACUCUUGCUGUACUUUUAAGUGAAAAAGACUGCUAUGGCUCACACAAUUUGUCAACGUGAUCAAUAUUUUCCUGAAUGCGUCAUUGUUUGAUUGCGUCAUGGAACUUUCGUAUGACAAUACUCACUUGUAGUUAUUCAACCCCCGAAAGAUGGCAGCAUGGGCUGGAACAGUUCAAUGAGUCAAAUAUCGUUAUAUGCUCAUGUGUCGGAUCUUUCUCGUGGCAUUCUUGCAUAUUUAUCCGGAAGUUCACGAUGUUUACUUCUACUCUCGUCCGCAGCUAUAGCAAUAUUCUUGAGUUCUUUGGUUGCGAGCACUUUUCCGCAAUUACUAGUAAGAGCAUAUAACUUACUGUCUCCUUUGGGUCAAAACGUAAUUUGUGUGGGAAUGUUGCAUGGCUUACAUGACAUUGGUUGAGAGCCAAUUUACGGCCGUUAGUUCUGGAAAUCAUGCUCACGAACACCAGAUAUGAAUGACUCGGUGAUUCUAUUUUUCUUGACCUUGAGCACAGCAUGGCCAGUGGAGUCUCUGGAUUUGAAUGAGCUUAUUAUCGUGUCAUUGGCGUAUUGGUGACAUUGAAGUAGUCCGCACAAAAUGGUGUGCAUAUCGCCGCGGUCUUCAAGGUCAGGAACCAGAGGGGUUUACGUCUUCAAAAGCGCAUGGCCGUGAACUGCAUUCAGUAACCUUCAAUGUGACUAUUUCAGUUAAAAAUACUACACAAAAUUGGAAAACUUCCUUUAAGUCUCUCCGAAUAAAAAUACCUAUUCCGUGGGGCUGGCCUCUCUGAGCUUUUUGGAGGAGCUUGGAAGUAUUCUGUGCGUUUCUAGCAUUUGACGACAUACUCAGCUGCUGAGGCCAUGUGGCUCCGCCUGCCUCUCACCCUGACUGAAGGGGCGGGCACCGCGGGGAACCGAACCCCGUACUUCUGGUUGCCCAGAUGCACAGUGGUUCACGCAGGCGCGUCAAUCACUUACACUAUCGGCACCCUUGAAAGUCUUCGAACGGAUUGUUCAAAGUGACGUGGGCCUGAUAAAAAUAUAUUGUAUCUUUGCAUUUGAUUCGAUGGCAUGUUAAAUCCAAGUUGAAGAAUGACUUCAUUUGAAAUUUGCUUGCAUUAUUACUGCUCCUACCUCGCUCCUGUCGCUGUUCCCUUGUUAUAUUUAGUUAGGUAUGCGGAAUACAUCUUUUGACCCCAGUUUAAGUACAACUUUCCAAAAUAUUCUUCGAAACAUUUUUCAAACAUCCUUCCUGCUCGGUGCAAUGACAGUGUUGUAACGCAAUGCGAUUCUGUAAAUUCAAGACUGUGUUUUUUCAAGAUAUGUUAAUAAAAGAGACAUUCUUUGAGAGUUACGAUGCAACCUCAUCCCAAACCACCCAUGAUGUGAAAAGACAGAGCCCCGUCGACGUAACGUGACGCUGCGGGCUUCUGACCAGGCGUAAUCUUC